GGUGCAACAUUUCCCACACUCAAGUAGUGGACACACCCUUUGUAAUAAAGCCUGCCAGUACUACUCAAACAAACAACCCUUAAACCCUCAAAUUUGAUUCCGAUGAAGGGCGGAGCUAGAAGAAAAACCCUAACCUCCGAUCUCCAUCCACCGCUGAACCCUCUUCACAGCGAGAUCGUUGACCACCAGGUCAACGACAACAACAACGGCGGUGAAAAUGGUGCAAACGACCACGAGAAAGAAGAAAACGAAGAUGCAGCUGACGAACAAGAGCGACCCAAGCUUGCUGAGGGGUUUUAUGAGAUUGAGGUUAUUCGGAAGAAAAGAAUUCGAAAGGGUGUGAAGCAGUACCUUAUAAAAUGGCGUGGGUGGCCAGAGUCAGCUAACACUUGGGAACCCGCUGAGAGUUUCACGUCAUGCCCUGAUGUCCUCGAAGCAUUUGAAAGCAUGAGUUCUGGGAAACGUAAACGGAAACGCAAACAAUCAGUGGGGCCUACGUCACAUUCAAAAAAGAAGCAGCAGCAAGAUUCUACUGAUAAUGGAACAGACAAUCAACCAAGCGGGUUGGAUAACAAACUCAGUGAAGUUAACACUACAUCACCCGUAAAUCAAGAAAACACGACUGAGUUCGCCAUACAUAUUCAAGAACAUCCGGCUGAACCCGCAAAAGGCGCCUCGAAGGUUGAUGAAACAGAGGUGCUUCGUACUAGUCCCCGAAUUGGAGCAAGAAGAAGGAAGUCGUGUGCUGUUAAACGGUUUAAGAAAGAACUAAACGCGAUUCCCAAACAAGAUUUUACCAAGAAAACAACUGCUGCUACUGAUGGGAAUGUGGAAGAUGGUAAUACGAAUGCUGAUGAUGUGGUCGAUGGUUUGGAUUCUGGAAAAGUUCUUGAUGUUCCGAAAAGUGUGUCGGUUAUUACGAAGAUUAUCAAGCCGGUUAACUAUUCGAUCUCGAUGGUUAGCGACAUGGAGGAAGUGUUCGUAUCCUUUCUGGUGUUAAGGUCAGAUGGCGAAGAGAUCGUUGUUGAUAACAAGUACCUCAAGGAGAACAAUCCAGUUCUGUUGAUCAACUUUUACGAGCAACAUCUUCGGUACAACAGCCCGUCUGAAUGAGCGAGCGGGUGUCAUCUGCAUCAUGAUCUUAUAUCAUUUAAAUUAAUAUGAUCCAUCCUUUUGUAGCCAGGGAGCUUCUAACACGCGGAAUAGACAAUGCUUGACAAUUGACAUUCCUAGGAUAAUAUGUGCAUUGAAUAGUGGAAUGUCUUUACUAUUUCUAGAUGACUGUUUUUAUGAAUUGGUAUAUAUAGGUUAGUUACCUCGGACAUGCGCACACUACAUUUCGAGCUUGUUUGUGGCGCGUGUUUAUUUAACAUGCUUAAAUAUGUCGUCUUUAGUUUAUCAGUCUUUUGAGUU